AUGUCUGACGAUAAAGGCGAGACCUUCGCAUUCCAAGCUGAAAUCGCUCAGCUUAUGAGCUUGAUUAUCAAUACUUUCUACAGCAAUAAAGAAAUCUUCCUGAGAGAACUGAUCUCUAACUCAUCUGAUGCCCUGGAUAAGAUUCGCUAUCAGGCUCUCACCGAACCGGCGGAGCUUGAUACAGGGAAAGAUCUGUACAUCAAGAUAAUUCCGAAUAAGGAGGACAAGACCCUUACAAUUAUGGAUACCGGAAUUGGAAUGACCAAGGCAGAUCUUGUGAAUAACCUUGGAACCAUUGCGAAGUCUGGGACGAAGGCGUUCAUGGAGGCUUUGCAGGCAGGUGCUGAUAUUUCUAUGAUCGGACAGUUUGGUGUGGGUUUCUACUCUGCUUUCCUCGUCGCCGACCGUGUUGUCGUCACGUCGAAGAACAACGACGAUGAUUGCUACCAGUGGGAGUCUAGUGCGGGAGGGUCUUUUGUUGUAAGACCCGUAAAUGAUCCUGAGGUAACACGUGGAACGAAGAUCACCAUGUACAUCAAAGAAGAUCAGACUGAAGUGUUGGAAGAGCGCCGUAUCAAGGAGAUUGUUAAGAAGCACUCCCAGUUCAUCGGAUACCCCAUCAAACUUGUGGUCGAGAAGGAACGUGAGAAAGAAGUCGAAGAUGACGAAGCAGAAGAAACUAAGGAUGAGGCGAAGGAAGGUGAAGUUGAAGAUGUUGGCGAAGACGAGGAUGCUGACAAAAAGAAGAAGAAGACAAAGAAAAUAAAGGAAAAGUACCACGAAGACGAGGAACUAAACAAGACCAAGCCGAUUUGGACCCGAAAUCCCGACGAUAUCUCUAACGAAGAAUAUGCCGAGUUCUACAAGAGCUUGUCCAACGAUUGGGAAGAUCACCUCGCCGUCAAGCACUUCUCCGUGGAAGGCCAGCUGGAAUUCAGAGCUCUUUUGUUCGUACCUCAGCGUGCACCUUUCGAUCUGUUUGAGAACAAGAAGAAUAAGAAUUCCAUCAAGCUGUAUGUGCGACGUGUCUUCAUCAUGGAAAACUGCGAAGAGCUGAUGCCCGAGUACCUCAACUUCAUAAAAGGAGUAGUUGACUCGGAGGAUCUCCCACUGAACAUCUCUAGGGAGAUGCUACAGCAGAGCAAGAUUCUGAAGGUCAUCCGCAAAAACCUCGUGAAGAAGUGUCUUGAGCUUUUCGAGGAAAUCGCAGAGGAUAAGGAUAACUUCAAGAAGUUCUAUGAGCAGUUCGGAAAGAACAUCAAAUUAGGGAUCCAUGAGGACUCGACGAACCGCAAGAAGAUGGCUGAGUUCCUUCGCUACUACUCGUCAUCCUCUAUGGACGAGCCAACCUCUUUGAAGGAUUACGUGUCACGCAUGAAAGAUAACCAGACGCAGAUCUAUUAUAUCACUGGAGAGUCUAAAGAUGCGGUGGCUAAUUCUGCGUUCGUCGAACGCGUUCGUAAUCGUGGAUUCGAAGUCUUGUACAUGGUUGAUCCUAUUGACGAGUAUUGUGUGCAGCAACUUAAAGAGUAUGAAGGAAAGAAGUUGGUUUCUGUUACCAAGGAAGGGCUCGAACUUCCGGAAUCUGAUGAGGAAAAGAAGAAGUUUGAGGAAGACAAGGUGAGAUUUGAGAAUCUGUGCAAGGUCAUCAAGGAUAUUCUUGAGAAGAAAGUUGAGAAAGUCGCGGUUUCUAACCGUCUUGUCCAUUCGCCGUGUUGCAUUGUUACUUCGGAGUAUGGCUGGUCGGCUAACAUGGAGCGAAUCAUGAAGGCGCAAGCUCUUCGUGACUCAUCAACCAUGGGGUACAUGGCAGCGAAAAAGCACCUUGAGAUCAAUCCCGACCAUGCUAUCAUGAAGACUUUGCGUGAUCGAGUAGAGGUCGAUAAGAACGAUAAAACAGUAAAGGAUCUCGUAAUUUUACUGUUUGAGACUGCUCUUCUUUCGUCUGGCUUCUCUUUAGAAGAGCCGCAGUCUCACGCCUCUCGAAUCUACAGAAUGAUCAAACUUGGUCUUGAUAUCGGAGACGAUGAUGACGAGGAGCUACCAGCUGCCUCAUGCGCCGCUGAGGUACCGAAGGUUGCUGGUGCUGAGGAGGACGUUUCUCGAAUGGAGGAGGUGGACUAG